AUCCGGCGCGGCGCCUGCCUUUUCCGACGACAAGAUGGCGGCGGAGCGUGCGGUGCCGAGUGACUUGUUCCCGCUGGUGCUUGCUUUCUUGCGGGAGAACCAUUUCGAUGGGGCGGCGCGGGCUUUUGGGAAAGCGGCUGGAGCGACUGAGCAAGAUCCAAAUGCUGCUUCUCUCCUUGAUAUCUUCAAUUAUUGGCUAAAAUCACCUAUUGCCAAAAAACAGCAAGCAUUUGCAAAUGGGUCUCCUGUGAAGAAGACAAAGAAAGAAUCAUCUAGAUACAAAACUUCCAGCGAAAAUGAAAUCCCUCCAGUCAAAAAGCAAGCUGCAAAACCAGUGACUGUGUACCCAGUACCAAUAAAGGCAACUUCAGGCAGUUCUGAGAGCAGCAGUGCUGAUAACACUGACUCCACAGACUCUGAGCAAGAAGAGAAGAAACCAGCAAAGAAGAGAAUAGCUCUCCAAUCAACCAUUCAAAAAACAAAGUCCCAGAAGACAUCUAAGAGUUCAAGUUCAGAUUCAAGCAGCUCAGAAGAUGAAACUCCAAAGUACCAACCACCAAAGUCAGAAGGAGCCCAAAAAGUCAUAAAACUGGCUUCUACAUCAGCAAAACCUACCAAGGUGAUGUCCAAAACUACCAAUGGCAAGGCAGAGAGUAGUAGCAGCAGUGAUGAGUCCAGUAGUAGCGAGGAUUCCAGCUCUGAAGAGAAUCAGCCUGUCAAAGGUAAACUGAAGAAACUUCCACACUAUAAAAACAACACUGCUCAGCCACUUCCGGUUAAAAGCAAGCAUGUAAAGAAGAGCAACAGUGAGACUUGUGACAGUUCAGAACAUGAAAAUCUAGCCUCAAAGCCCAAGCGUGGAGAGUACUCUGCUGUGCCACCCCCUUUAGCCAUAGAAUCAAGGAAAGGCAAAGCACACCUCAUUAAAAAGACCUUUAAGAAGAAGGGAGAGAAUAAUGAGAAAAAAGAGCAAGUGUUCACAAAGAGACCAUCAACUGAAGGGUCUGUGAUUAAAAAAGCAUUUUCCCCCAAAUCUCUUCCUGUUUCUAUCCAAAAAGGAAAUACUUCUUCAGGGAGUGAUUCAGAUUCUAGUUCUGAAGAAGAAAAGAAAGUUUUGGUCAAAUGCUCUGCCAAAGCCGUUUCAGCAAAUGGUGCUACUAAAUCAGUUCCAUCCAAGAAAGUGAGCAGCUCCUCUGAUACUUCAGAUUCUGAUUGUUCUCACAGUAUUCCUGAGAAAUUUGCAGUUAGGACAGGCAUAAAGAAAGUGAAGAAACCUCUUGGAGUGCUGGCAAAGAAAGUAGAAAGUAGCUUUGAAGAUAAGAAAGUUCAUAAAAUAAAAAGCACAAAGGCUGUCAAAACAACACCCAAAUCCAGCACCCCUGUCUCUAAACCAAAGAGUUCUGAGUCAAGCAGCUCAAGCAGUGAAGAACAGACUCAGCCAUCCCAGAAAGCAACUAGCAAACUCUCAGUGGGUAGCAAUUUGAUCAUUAGCAAGCAAGCCCCAGCUGAGAUCAGGACCUCUUCUGAGAAUUCCACUGAUGAAUUUAAAAUAUCUGAAAAAACAGAAAGAAAAAGGGGACAAAAUAACUGCAAAACAGCAAAAAAAGUGCUAAAAACCUCAGCCAACUUUGUGGGCAAAACAUCUGCAUCAAAGACUCCAACAUCUGAAGUACUGAAUUCCACAAACAGUAGUAGUUCUGAUGAAGAGGCCACAAAGGAAGGUUUAUCAAAAAAAAAGCGGAAAAGGAAAGAUGAACUAGAGUUGGAGACCCCAGACAUCAAGAAGAUGAAAGCCAGAAGUCCUCAUACAUUCCCAAAAUCAAAGCGGCAAUCCAGUCCUUUUCGCAGAAUAAGAACAGAAGAAAUAGAAAUAGAUGUGCGAGUAGCUAACAAUUCCUUUGAUGCCAAGAAAGGAGCUGUAGGUGACUGGGGUGAAAAAGCAAAUGAUGUUCUGAAAUUUACAAAAGGUAAAUCCUUCCGACAUGAGAAGACAAAGAAGAAAAGGGGAAGUUAUUGUGGUGGUACUAUCUCUACCCAGAUAAACUCCAUCAAAUUUGAAAGUGACUAAACUACUACCAUAUUGGGAACGGGAUCCCAAUUAAUUAAUGAAAUGUCAUGGAUAUCUCUUCUACAACCUGUUGUCUUCAUUUCUGAUGGGAGGAUUGUUGCAAGUUUUCUACGUGAUAAUGUGACUUAAUGGAGGUAUGGAAUUGAGUCCUUUGGAUUUCUCAGAAGUUUCUAACUUUGCAUCAUUUUAUGUUACAGCACACUUGAUAACAUGAUAAAUAAACAUACCUUAUUUGUAA